CUUUGACAAGCAUGACGAGUAGGCUGUUGAACAGAGGAGACGGAGGUGGUUUUAAAUUUAUAAAAGCUUGUAAACUCAGUCGAGCGAGGCUAACCGUUAAGACCAAUUGAAAUGAAUUCUCCAUUGGUGACUAAAUAUUGGUUGUUUAUUGUUCAGCUAACUUAAUGAUAUAUGCCACUAUUGUCGCGUGAUUGAUUUAUUCAAACACUAUAACAGCAAAAUGACGUACCCCUCAAAACUCAGGAUUUAGCAUUCCUUUUUGUCGCGCUCUUGAAUGUGGCCAGCGGUGUUAAGAAAAUCACGUUGUCCAAGGAUCAUAUGGAUUUAGCAUUCAUAUCUACUAAACUUCGAACCAGUAUUGCAAGGAUCACCCCAUAUUAUUUGGAAAUAAUUGGAGGAGAAGUAUUUACCGGCAACCUAGGAAAUUACCUCAAAUCGUUUCAUCCUUUGUGGCAGGAUGGACCUUUUCUGAGCGCUGUUUAAUUAUUAAUAUUCAUCGUGGAACGACAUAUCAAAGAGCAAAAAAAAGAAUUAAACUAAUUGUAAAGGUUUAACUAACUUUCAGCAUCAUCGAAUGGAAAUCAUGACAUGUCAACGAAUAUUCCUUGUUUCGAUAAUGGUCUCCUCGCUACGUCUUGGAUUAACUCAAGAAAAUAAAGUUCUUGCAGAAUGCACAUUUGACGAUUCUGAGAACUGCGGAUUUCAGAUCAUCCCUGAUUUGGACGGUGUACACCAUAGAGAGUUAUGGACCCUCAGUUCUGGGGGCACACUGGGAAGGAAUUGCCCCCCUAGUGACCACACCCCUGGUAUUAACCAAGAUGUAUUUGCAAACAGCAAGUCCCUUGAAAGUACGCUAAUACGUGAUUUCCAGAAUUUCACCACCAAGAUCAUCUCCCCCGAGAUGAAUUUCACUUCCGGUAUGGGUCAGAUCUCUUUGUAUUACUUCCUGUGGAUUGCAGAUGACCCGGAAGGGAACGAGGACACAUUUCCGUCCCUAAACGUCAUAGGUUGUAAUGGAGAGUUGAUGUGGACCAGGAUGGGUAUAACAGGUGUUUGGUCAUUCGUCGAUAUUAGAUUCCAUUGUCCAACACCUGGAAAGAUAAUGUUUGAGGCAUCACAUCACCGUCCAGGCUCUGGGGUGGCUAUUGAUGACGUCAAGAUAGUGGAGAUUCCAUUCAACCCAGGAGUUGUAGAUACUACAACACCAGAAGUACCUACUACAGAGAUGGCUCCUGGUCCACAGACUACCAGAGGAGCAUUGCCUGUAACACAUAGCCAGACAACGGUAGCAUUGGGUAUCAUGUCUUCAGGAAAUGGAGAUCGAAUUAUCAUCAUUGCUGUUGGCUGUUUCCUUGGAGCCUUGUUGAUCUUUGCAGUCAGUAUCACGAUCCAUUGCUACUUUUGGAGGAAACGAAAGAGAGCUAAUCAACGACACUUGACGGACGCCACAAAUGGUCUCCAUGUAUCUAAUACCGGUUACGACUUCCUCACCGGAAUCGCCGGCGUUAACAACGGCAAUGGCUCCAGCAAGAGCGGAGCGACAGAGACAAGCAAUUUGUCAACUAUCAGCAAGGGGUUUGGCGGACCAUCCUACCAAAUGGACGUGGUCUCGGAGAAGUUUAAGGGAAAUGGCACAUUUGAGAAAAGAGAGGAAGACUGUAAAGUACCACCAAAAGGGAAGAAACGGAGUAUAGGUAUCGUAUCCUUCAAGCGAAGUCGUGGCAGCAAGGAUAGGAGCUUUGAGUAUUCUGAGAUCCCAGAUAGCACAUCACCUACGGAUGAGAACCUGUAUCAGUUCCUGACGACGCCGAGGAAGCAAAUUGAUGGGAAAACGCCGAAGCUCGGCGAAAUAGGUCGAUCAGCAAAGAUAAAUGACAAUAGUCGGAUUGCGAAAAUGAAGCGAAGCAACUCGUUACCCUCUAGACAGAGUAUUGAAAGUACUAAAAUGGAAGGCCCGUAUCAUGUCACAGAUCUUAUUGGUAACAUUACCAUUGACAAUGCGAUGUUUCCGUCUAUGGAAACAGUUGCGUACGAUGAUCUGAAACGGAAGGAAAGUGUCAAGUAUGAUCAACCGAUCCUUAUUCCUUCUAUCCAUACCCUACCCAAAUCGACCGAUCACGAAUAUAGAGCUCUCGAACCGAGAAAGCGUUCCAAUAGUUAUGACGUCCUCAGAAUAAAUACCCCAUCUCUGAUAUCUCUCAGUGACGAAUCUAUAGGCGAUAAUUCACAUGUUUAUAAAGAACUUGAGAAAAAAGACGACCAGGAUGAUUACGACCUCUUAGAUCCGAUCACUGUAACUGAACCGGCGCCACGUGACUUGGCAGAUUAUGAGAAUCCUCCGCCACGGCCGCCUGUCUUACCUAAACCGACUUCGCCAUUCGGUCCGCGGCCUAUGUCACCUCGGUUAAAACAAAAGACAGAACCGUUCCCAUCUGAUGUCACUCCCGAAGGUGAAUCGAGGUCUGUGGAAGGUCCCGAUGGCGCCAACGUUGUACGCGACCCAAAGUACUACACGCUCGUGCCUGACCUCGUACGAGAUGCCAGCUACGAUUACCCAGACAUGGUGGUAGGUGAUGGUACUGACGAUCCUGACAAGGAAAGCGAUAUAGACUCAAACAUCUACGAGAGCUUUGACCGUCCUGUGACACCUAACGGUAAAGGACAGCGAUCAACGCCAAAUUCCCGCCAAGGUUCAAAAGAAACUCCUUACCUUGAUAAUGCUGCAAAGGAUAGAAAGACAUUGAUCAAACAAAAACAGUUGGAAAGGUUUUUAGAUGAUGAUUACGAAAAUUUGGAAUAAAGUACACAAAGAAUUGUACCCCUUCGUCCAGGAGAACUUGCACGUAUCCGUCAGAAUAGGGCAUUUCAGUUAACAGGUUUCAGGACCAUUCUACUUCGAAUGGAUAAAGUAUCAUAGAACCCGCCAUUGGAUGACAAACGGACCAUCUGUUAACUUAUCAUUUUAUAGUUUUCUGUUAGAAAUGUUUUCUUUGAACUAAGCGAUGUAAUUCUAAAUAAGUUGGCGGAUUCGGGGGGAUUGCCAAUGAAGCCCGCUUGAUUCAUUACGUCACCGCUCCAAAGGCCUCAUUGAUUUGAUCAAUAUGCAUUCAGUUUUAUGUUUUAUGUUCCCUAUCCUCUAUGCAUAUUAUUACAAACCUUUGUAUUGUGGCAUUCCUCUGCAAUCAUGACAAUUUAUCUUUAUUGUGUCAUUUAUCCAAAUCAUCGUUAUUGAUUAUCUCUUCAUGUUAAUCUUUCUGUUUGUAAUGUGUAUUUCUUUCGUAAACAAAGUUUGCCAGUACUAAGUACUUGUGUAUAUAUUUUAAAAGGAAUUACUUGUACAUAAGCAUCUAUUUAUAUUUUACAAUGGCAGUUCGUAGUUACUGCGUUAUGGGAACGGUAAAAACGAUUUGUAGAAAGGAAAACAUUAAAGGAACUUUUUACCCUCAAACAUUGGUCUUGGUCUUUCAUUUC